ACAUGGGGUAUUUCAUGUUUUAAGACUUGCGAAGUGUGACUUGUUAUUGUUUUAUUUGGGGUACGGAACCUGCAUACAACAGACGGGGCGAAAGGGAAAUACAGAACGACGAGAUGGCAAAAAUACAUUGUUAACACAUGCUCGUUGUGGGCAUGUUCUGCGGAGACUGCUAUCGCAAGAUAAAAGAGAAAAGUAAUCUUUCAGACGCCCCCCCUGGUCUACAGAGCCACUUUUACAGCCCUCAAUAACCAUUGCAUUUGAUGAAAGAACACGUUUGACGAGUUUGCAUGACUGGGUGACGCCAGACGCCCUCUCAUUACACAUCAGACUACUAGCUACUAGGCUGCGUACUUCUCUUCCAGGACUGCUAAACAACCCCUGUGCUGCUUUGUUUUUAUCUACGCCUGUUGUCAGUAUGGCUCAGCUGAUAAUAUCACUUUGCGUGUUGGUGUCUAUUUGUCUCGCCUCGGUUUUGACCAAAGACAGCAGCCACGUUCAGUUUGCGCCCGAAAGUCUCAGUACCUCCACGGUUCGCUCGGUGUGUAAGCCCAUCCCCAGCACACUUUCUCUGUGCUACGGCGUCGGUUACCGGGAGAUGCGGCUUCCCAACCUGCUGGGGCACGACUCGUUAAAAGAAGCCCAGCAGCAGUCGGCCGCGUGGCUACCGUUGGUCUCCAAACUCUGCCACCGGGAUACCAAGAAGUUCUUGUGCUCGCUCUUCGCCCCGGUGUGCUUACCGGAGGGGGCGGUGCGCCCCUGCCGUGGGCUGUGCGAGGCUGUGAGGGACGAUUGUCUUCCGGUGAUGAGCGCUUUCGGGUUCCCGUGGCCCAACAUGUUCAACUGCACUCGGUUCCCGCGCGGGACCCAUCUCUGCAUUCCCACCACGACCCGAGACACAGAGCGUGCGCAGAAGGAAGAGGGACACGAGGAGGCAUCAAAGGGAACAGUGAUCUGUGAUGCAUGCAGUCUGGCUGCUGAGGGAGAGAUAGACAACCAGAACAACUUCUGCAAGAGUCCAUAUGCCUUUAAACUGCGUAUUGGGAGUGUUUCUGUAGUGCAGGGUGACCGCAGGGUCGUCCCUCUGGCCCGGAGUCGCAUCCUGAGGUGGGAGGGUGGAGGCGCAGAGAAGGCCGAGGGCGUCGGGGGGGCCAUGGCCUACAGUGCCCUUUGGUUGCAGGAGGGGGGUACCUGCACCUGUCCUGCCCUGGAGGAGGCAGAUGUGGGGGAGGGGAAGGAGUCCCUGGCAGGGGUGUGGUACCUGGGCCUUGCUGACACACAGGAGGGCAGGCUGGUCCUCACUAGGCUGGUGAGGUGGAGGAGGAGCGACAAAGAACUCAAGAAGUUAGUCAGGAGACUGCUCAAACAACCCUGCUGAUGAUGUCAUCAUACAAACAUAGAGAGACUUUCCAAUUUGGCGAAUUGGAUGCGGAUGAGGACACCACAGCCCUGUUACAUUUCAGCCUCUAGACCGAGACAAUAUCUCUUCCAUAUCCCUUUCAUUUUCAUGUCACCUAGCUCUGGAGAAGUGAUGCCUUCAUCAUAUUUCUGUCAACUGAAUGGACUGGAUAGAUAGAUCUAUGAAGACCUGUGGGGAAGAGAGACCACCAGAGGUCCAGUGUCUGUGUGUUUGGAUCCAUGUUCUGGACACCUGUCACAUGUGAGACAUUUAGAAAAAUGUAAAUGAUGUAUUACGUUCUGAAUAUAAAAAAAAUCAUGUUUUUUUUAAUCAAUUGUGAGGACAUGAUUAUGAUUUGUGUAAGCCGAGUCAGACGACACAAUUACCAGUGAGGCACAGAGCAGCAUUAGUUCCAUUCAAAGCAGAGUAUUAUUGUCUGAUAGUAACAUCAAAGACUGCCGGGUAACAGUGUCUAAUAAACGUUAUAUUGAACCAUAAA